CCAGCCCUUGGCACCGGUGCCAGCCCUGCCCUUCCAGGACGUGGCAGGACCCUCCUUCCUACCUCAGGCGCUACACCAGCAAUACCUCCUCCAGCAGCAGCUCCUCGAGGCCCAGCACCGCCGGCUCAUGCCCCAUCCCAGGCGGGCUCAAGAGCGCUUCUCUGUCCAGCCUCACCGCUUGCACCCCAGCUUCGACUUCAGCCACCAACUGCAAACCCCACAGCCCAUGGGGCCCCAGCCCAGGUACUUAGCCGAAGGCACGGACUGGGAUCUCAGCGUCGACGCGGGCCUGACCCACGCCCAGUUUCAGGUUCGGCCGGUCCCACAGCCCUAUCAGCAUUACUUGGCUACGCCGCGGAUGCACCACUUCCCCAGGAGCACGUCCUCAACGCAGAUGGUUGUUCACGAAAUCAGAAACUACCCAUAUCCUCAGCUUCAGCUACUUGCUCUUCAGGGCCUGAACCCAAACAGGCACACAUCCGCUGUGCGGGAAAGCUAUGAAGAGCUGCUGCAGCUGGAGGACAGGCUGGGCAGCCGGGGCGCUGUGCAGAACACCAUCGAGAGGUUCACCUUCCCGCACAAGUACAAGAAGAGAAGACCGCAGGAGGGCAAAGCUGAGCAAGAGGAUGGCGAGGAGUCGGACACCGAUGAGAAGUGCACAAUCUGUCUGUCCAUGCUUGAAGAUGGAGAGGACGUGAGGCGUUUACCGUGUAUGCAUCUCUUCCACCAAGUGUGCGUGGAUCAGUGGCUGGCCACCAGCAAGAAGUGCCCAAUCUGCAGGGUGGACAUUGAAACACAGCUCGGCUCGGACAGCUGAAAGAACUGGCUGGACGCACCAUUUUUCCUUAUCAGGUCGUAUGGCCAUCAACCCUUGCAGCAAAAUUUUGCCUUCUGAGCCAUUUGAUUGAGAGGAAAAGUCUGCAGGCACGUUAGCGAGAAGGAGGAAUUUGCGGUACGAUAUCUAGCGGUAGGAAAUAUUGCACGUACAGGAUACUGGCCCAGUGAAAGGGAGCUGGCGUUCCCGGAGCUCAGAGACCCCGUGCUGCAGAAGAUUUAGUCUUGAACAUGAAGGAACUAGUUGUGGUAGUCUGGCCUGUCAAUCCUGCAUUUCAUGAGGAUUGUAUAUAUACCUCUCGAAUAAGUAGAAACACGUUAGGGGUUCUUUAGCUAUUUCUAUGGAUGGCAGCUGGAGCAUGUUAGCUUAAGAAAUGUUGUGUUUGAUGCCCUACUCAUCUUGUGGUGGACAUGUUGCUGUUACCUAAUUUGCACCAAAUAUUUUUUCAUAGAUUCCUUAUUUUGGUGCCUGAUUAAUGCAUUGCAGAGGGGGAAUAGAGAGGUCGAACUUUCCCACCCUAAGGGGGGAAGAGGCGAAAAAGCAAAAUCCUGUUUACAGUCAGAAGGGUUGCGCUCUUUGCCUCAGUCGCAUGUACUUCCUUUCCUUGUGUUUACAGUGUGUUGCAAAUUUAGAGACGCCUAAAAAAAAAAAAAAAAGAAAAAGAAAAGAAAAAGAAAAAAAUUGGGAAUGAAAUGAAUGAAGCAAUAGGGAGACGCUUCGUUCCUGCUUAUCUGCUGGUGCUGGACACUUUCUGUAGGGGCACAAUAUUGACACGCGUUCUGUUUCUUUUAUUUCUAUAUCUUAAUGAAGUAGCUUGACAUACCAAAUCCGAGGAAGGCCGCGGGCUGUCUUUACGAUUGUAAUUUUCCGUACCACUUUCUCCUGUGAGCUGUAGGGCCUGUUGGCCUUGGCGGCUGUUGCUGGCGCUCCGCGUUUCCCCCGCCGUGGCAUGGACCCCUCGCAUGAACGCGGGAUGCUGCAUUGACCCAUCGCUGCACUUGCCCUAAUGGAUGCACCACGGUGCAGGUCUGCCCACGGGUUCAAGAGCUCCUUGACUCUUUGCCGGUCAAAAAAGAUGAUUAUAGGGGUCCGGUCCCAUAGUUGUGCUUUGGAGUAUAGCUUCUCGGAAAUCACGUUAGGAAGGCAUUGAGGCCCCCUCCUCUGCCAUGUGAAAGCACAAGCCGAUGCGCAAGCUGAAGGUGGUGUUCAAAAUGGAGAAAACGCAACCCGGCAGACUUUGUGCGAAAUUCCCCGUGCCGCGGUCCUUUCCACACAUCCCUCUUUUCUAGCUCCCGGAGGGACGAGCAAGCGGAGAGCUCUCAUCUUCUGCACUUUGCCUCCUCCCUGGUGAAAAAUUGCAGCAUUUAAGGGCUUAGAAAGAAUAAGAGAAGGAGGGUACAGCUCAGGUGGAAUUUGGAAGUCUAUUAUUAUUUUUAAUCCACUCUGGCUCAUGGGCUGCUGUGGAAAAUCUCUCAGAGCAGUUCUGAUACCAGGAUGGGAGCAAAAAGGGAAAAUUUGCGUAGCUGGUACGAAAAUGCUGAUGACGGGAGCAUUUCUGCACAGGAAGGGAACACAGAUUUAAAGCAGGAUUUGCUGCUUUCUAGAGGGGCUGGAUUUUAAAACCAUGUCAGAGUAUGCGUAUCUGUACACAAACACACGCAUACCCUUUUAUAUAUAUACACGUAUUUCACUCUAUCCAUACGCAAAGAGUGAUUAUUAAAAAGGAAGCAAGUGCUAAUUCAUCAGUCUCAUUACAACCGUGCACAAAAUAGAGUUAGGAAUUAGUCCCUGAAGUGCCAAGGGAGUUGGUCUGUGAUAUACAGACUGCAGACUACCAGCCCCGAGGACUGAGCUGCAGCCCGGGUUAGAGCUGGCCUCUCCCUGCUCUAUCCGAAAACCCUCUGAAGGAUCAAUACCGACAAGUGAAAAGCCUGUUUUUUUCUUUUAUAAUGCAUCCUUUUUUUUUUUUUAAUAUAGUAAGGGAGCAAAAGAGAGAUGCAGAGAAGCAAGGGGAAUUAAUCAGAAACUUUAUAUAUUUAGACACUUAGGUGGAGGGGAUGAUUUCUAGUUCCCGUGAGCAUCUGUUUUGCCCUCGGCACAGCAAGGCACACAAAAUACCGUCGGGAGAUCGCAGGAGUCCUGCGAGCCGCAACGGGAAAGUGCUGACCGUGGCGAGACGCGGCUCCGUAGGGAACGGCGGGUCUCGCUCCAGCAGCAGCAGAUGCAAACGGCGUUAAAACCACUACUAAAACCACUGCUCGCGUUGAGGCGGAGCAAGACGUUGCUCUUGAUAUACACCGUAAGCCGGGCUUUCCCGGGGGCGAAGGAGCAGAGCGAACCCAGGUCCUUGCUUGGGGCGAGCCGCGCGGCGGGGAGGCGGCGAGCGCCUCUGCCCCGCGCGGCUUUUUCUUUCUUUCUUUCUUUCUUUUUUUAAAGCCUAUGCGAAAGUAUUACUCUUUGCCUAAUGAACAAGCACAGUUUUUAAAAUUGGUGAAGACAAGCACCAAACUCCCGUGGUCUCGUGUGAAUGGCGGAUGCCGUGGUGCGUGAGAACUUACAGCGUCUGAAGUUGCGUUGGUGUGUCAGGUUCCUUUGCGUUUAAAUAAUUUGUACGAGUAGAUUGCGGUAAUAGAGUGAGUUCAAAACGAACAGGAAAAAAAAUCUCUAGAAACAAAACAUUGAUAGUUUACAGGGUUUUGUGAGUUUAAAUGCCUUAUAUUUAACAAUCAUAAUUUAUGACUAACUUGUAGAUAUUGUGGGUUCUUAUUUAAUUAUUUUUAUAGUUGUUUUUUGCAUUUUUAAUUAUAAUUUAUUUAUUUAGAAAUUAAUACUAAUUUUUUUUAUUACUCCUAUUACCUCAUUUUUGCAUUGUUUCUGGGAAUGGAAUGCUUUGCAUGCGUCGGUACUUAAAAAAAAAAAUUAAACAUGGGAUGUGUGGGGGGGUAAUGCUUCUCUUGUCAAAAAAAAAAAAAAAAUCAGGGUGUGUGAUUACAAACUGUAUUACUGUGGUGCUGUUACCUUGGAUACAUUCCAUAAAAAUGCAAACCUUUGAUUCUGUAUGCUGUGACAUAGUGGAAAAACUGCAAUAUAGUGACGGUGUUUAGCACAUAUAUAUGAAUAUUAUUUGCACUCAUAAUCAAACUCCGGUGAUCCUUCCACUCGCGUCCUUGCGCAUUGAGGGCGAGGAACGGCGCUCCGCAGAACCAAAACGUCUCCGUCGCUUCUUUAGAGCCCGGGUGUCGCGUUGUGGGGCAGCCCGGGGGCUUGGGCUGGCCGUGCCGGGGAUGCGAAAAGGCGGCGCGGUGCCAGGCGUCCCCGGCGGUGGCCUCGAAAGGCUCCGACGUGACAAGCGCGGGAGCCGCGCCGGAGGGUUACAGCACCCUCGGUAGUACUUUAACCUUUAAGCCAUAGCUGCCCGCUCGGCCAGCACAGCCGCGCGAGAAGGCAGGACCGGGACGGGGUGGGAUGCGCGUCUUAACCAACCCCGUGAGGGCUUGGAUGCAAUUUUUGGGGGGUAGGAGGGCACCGAUGUGCCUGUACCUUAAUUUUUCCUCUUUGUCCCUUCAGGGUGCUGCUCUGCUUUGUCGACUUUGUCUUACCCUGUGGUUAAAACCCCUCCGUGUUUUUCCUUGCUGCUUUAUAACGCUCCUCCCCUGUAGCCUGGAGCGAUGGUUCGAGUCGUGCGGGGACCUGGGUCAGUUGUUCCCCCCGCAAAGACACCGUGAAAGGGAUGCGUACAACGAGGAGCGAGCAAGCAAAACUCCUCUCCUUUAAUGGCACGGGCUAGUGGAAGGAUCACCCACAUUUUUGUACUCCUACUGCUGUUCUGUUGUGCUGUGCAACAUUUUGCUACAUAGACUAUUUUAUAGAAGAAAGCUAGAAAAAUAUUUAUUAUUAAUAUUAAAGCAAUAGUGCAUUGAAGAAAUGAAAAAGACAUUAGAAAUUGUGUAAAUGCUUAGAUUCACUUUUGGUGGAUUUUUUGUACUUUAUUUAUAACUAAUAAAAUGAAUUGCAUUGCUAACUAUA